AUCCUCCUUUUUUUAUAACACGUUCACAUUUAAAUUAUGGCUGCCGAUGAUAGAAAUGAUAUUGAUGAAUUAUUCGAUGUUAAAAAUGCUUACUACAUUGGUAACUAUCAAAAUUGUAUUAAUGAAUCUUCUAAAUUAAGGAAUAUAUCAGCUGAAAAUCAAAUUAUAAAAGAUGUUUUUGUUUAUAGAAGUUAUAUCGCACAAAAAAAAUAUAAAUUAGUUAUUGAUGAGAUAAAUGAAAAAAGUGACCAACAAUUUUAUAUAUUAAAACUGUUGGCACAAUACCUAAAUGAUCCAUCUUCUAGAGAAAACAUAAAACAUGAGAUAGAAAAUUAUGCUAAUCCUACUUUAUGUUUAUAUAAAAUUGUGGCUGCAUCUAUUUUCAUUCAAGAAAAGGAAUUAGAAAUAGCUUUUGAUAUACUUUAUGAUUCAAAUGAUUUAGAAUGCUUGGCUAUGACAAUUCAAAUAUAUCUACAAUUAAAAAGAGUUGAUUUAGCCAGGACUAUACUGCUAAAGAUGCAGGCUAUUGAUGAAGAUGCAUCCCUGACACAAUUAUCAACAGCUUGGAUAGAUUUAGCUAUUGGAAUUGAUAAAGCUCAAGAAGCUUUUUACAUAUUUCAGGAUUUUUGUGACAAAUACACAUCUUCUGUAAUUCUUUUAAAUGGACUUGCAGCCGCACACAUUCAUUUAAAACAAUAUGAAGAAGCUGAUAAUUGCUUGAGAGAAGCCUUGGAAAAGGACAGUAAUAACCCAGAAACUUUGAUCAAUUUGAUUGUCACAUCACAAUUAUUAGAAAAGCCAACAGAGAUAUGUCAAAGAUUCAUAAAUCAAUUAAAAGACGAAUUUCCUGGGCAUCCUUUUGUUAAAGAAAUUAAUAAUAAAGAACUCGAGUUUGACAAAUUGGCCAAAAUUUAUAUGGAGGAUAUUCUUGUUAAAUGAACGAGUGUUUUAUAAAAAUAAUAAUUAUAAUAUUUUUCAAACAUAGUUAAUUUAAUAUAUAUUUGAUAUGACAAUAAAUAUGAUUGCUUUUGGAAAAAAUUCACAAAAAACACUUACAAAAAAUUUCAUUUAUCUUGGUGGUCAAUGAUUUUUUUAUAUCAAACAAACCCCGGAAUAUUAUGGUAGAUAAAUAAUCUUAUAAAGUCCAGCCUGGAUUUAAAAACAUAUUUUUUUUGCUAUUUUUAUAGAAAUUUUUUU